AUGGUCCUCGUCUCCUCCUCGAAGCGCAACCGCAAUUCCGGCAGGCAGGGCCAGCUGCGGCUUCCUCCAUCACCGCCCGGCCUGCCGGUCGUCGGCCACCUCCACCUGCUCGGGAGCCUGCCGCACCGGAGCCUCCGUGCGCUGGCCGCGACCUACGGCCCGGUGAUGCACCUGCGGCUCGGGCGCGUGCCGACCGUGGUGGCGUGCUCCGCGGCCGCGGCGGAGGAGGCCAUGAGGACCCGCGACCUCGACUUCGCCAGCCGUCCCAGGCUCCUCAUGGUCGACCGCUUCUACUACGGCACCGGCGGCAUCGGCUUUGCACCGUACGGGGAGCACUGGCGCCAGGCGCGCCGCGUCUGCGUCACCCACAUGCUCAACGCGCGCCGCGUCGCGUCCCUGGGUGGCGUCCGGGCGCAGGGGGCCGCCGCGCUCGUGGACCGGGUGCACCGCCACGCCGGGGCCGUCGUGAACAUCAGCGACAACCUCAUUGUGUACUCUAACACGGUCAUCUCCCGCUGCACGUUCGGCGACACGGACUACGGGGUUGAAGGAGGCGGCGGCGGCGCGAGGCUGAGGAAGGUGUUCGCAGAGAUCGAGGAGCUCCUAGGCACGGUGCCCAUGGGAGAGACGGUGCCGUGGCUGCGGUGGGUGGACGUCGUCACGGGGCUGGAGAAGAAGGCGCGGCGUGUCUUUGAAGAGAUGGACGGACUACUGGAGCGGGCCAUCGCCGACCACCGCCAGCGCCGCCGCGCGGGUGCGGCCACCGGGGAGGAGGGAGACUUCGUGGACGUGAUGCUGGACGCUGAAGAACUGGACACGGGCAGCAUCAAGGGCAUCAUCCUGGACAUGCUGGCCGCCGCGACGGACUCCACCUUCACGCUCCUGGAAUGGGCCAUGGCGGAGCUCAUCAGCCACCCGCACGAGAUGCGCAAGCUACAGGACGAGGUCCGCGCGGCAGUCGGACCGGCCGCCGGCGCCGUCGUGACGGAGGAGCAUCUCCCCCGCCUGCCUUACCUGAAGGCGGUGGUGAAGGAGACGCUGCGCCUCCACCCGCCGACGCCGCUGCUCCUGCCGCGGGAGACGCUGGAGGACACGCGGCUGCUGGGCUACGACGUGCCGGCGGGCACCCGGGUCCUGAUCCACGCCUGGGCCAUCGGCCGCGACCCGGCAACGUGGGGGAGCCGCGCCGAGGAGUUCGCGCCGGAGCGGUUCCUCGGGUACGACCUCAGGAUGGGCCAGGAUUUCGCCUUCUUGCCCUUCGGCGCCGGGAGGAGGGGCUGUCCCGGCGUCGGGUUCGCAAUGAUGUCGAACGAGCUGGCGCUGGCGAGCCUGGUGUAUAACUUUGACUGGGAGCAGCCCGGCGGUAGGAUGCCGCCGGUAGACAUGAGCGAGCUGCACGGCCUCUCCGUGCGCCUCAAGGCGCCUCUGCUUCUGGUUGCCAAAUCUUGGUCGCCUGUGUCUGGGAUGGAGAGCAAUUAA